AUGAAGCCUUUCGUCGCAGCCAUCGCAGCAUCUGCUUCUGUAAAUGCGCAAAUGUCCGCAAACGAUGCCUGGACCGACGUCGCCGCGGCCUACACCGAUCUUUACGACGCUGUUCACGACGCAUACGUAGGCACCGGCAAAAAGCAAGCAGUGAAGAAGGCCAAUCGAGUGGGAGACUUCUACAACAAAGUCAACAACUUUCCCGGACGAGUGUCGGCAUCCUGCGCCGAAUUCGCCGGCUCUGGUGACCCCGCCGCAUUCGUUCCUCCCUACUACGACAGUGAGGACAUUUGCCACUCGAUCAACAACUUCAUUGCCUCUGUGACGAGCUACCACGACGCUUACGUCUGCAUGGAUGAUGUCGACCUGACCGCCAACAACGGCUGGGCUCCGCACAAGAUGAUCAGAACCAUUCAGCGACAGCGCAACAUGCUUUUCAACAGAAAGCUCAAGCAACUCCAGUGCAGCCUGCCAAUCGCGCCAACACCACCUCCCUGCGACAGCAACCCAUGCGACGGCCUCAGCAACUGCUACACCCUCAUCGACGGCUGCGCCAUCGCCCCCGUCCGAGAUACCUCGCUAGGACCCGUCCCUGCUGCGAUUUCUUACAAGAUCUCGGCUGAAGUUUUCUGCGACCAUAGCGGAACUGAGAGCCAGUUCCAGAACAUUCUUUUCUUAGGCGCCGAUGUCUGGGAAGACGGCGUCGGAGAUCGACUCUUUGUGCUUAGCAAAGGCAGUGGAUGGCAAAAGAUCCACUUCGUGAUCAAUAAAGGCGACAACGCGGGAUUCGUGACAUACCAUGAUUUCGCCUGCGUCGACGGCGAAUGGAACACUUACGCUCUCGAAGUUCAAAAUAGCCCCUUCAGUUCCAGCGAUGUCGACUUCACUGCAACUGUCGAUGGCAAUGUCGUGAUGCAGGGAAGCUACCCCUUGACCGGAGAGGGCUUCGGCGAUCUCCAAGUCUACUCCUCCAACCCGCUCCAUACCGCUGCACCUCACAAAGUGCGAAACUUCUUUUAUCAAACUUUGUAA